AUCACCUGAGUUCUCAAAAGCUGUUCUGAGUGUAAAAUUGUGUAUUGAUAUAUAAUCUUAUUUCUUCGAGUGAGUACAUGCCAGGCACUAAAAAAGAUCGAAUUUCUUUUCUACUUUAAAAUAGUUGUAUGUAUUUUAACCGUGCUUACUCGCACUUGAAUUAUUCGCGAAUAUUUCAACGAGCUCGAUCCUUACUAGUUAGAUUGUCUUGUGUGAUUAAUUUCCAAAUUAAUCUCACAAAACAUAUGUAAGUUUUAAAAUUACAUUUGACGGUUGAUAAAAGAAAACUAAAGAACACUUGGAAGAUAUAAUUAAGAUAUCAAAAUGAUUGAACAAACCUUAUUAAACAUUGACGACCUUUCUCCAAAUAUCAUGGAAAAUCUACAUGAGCGCCUAUUAGAUGCCAUAAAACGUAAGGACUUUCAGUCUUUCAAACAGAUUGUAGAGGAAAAUUCGGAAGAGCAAUCAGCCAAUAGAAUCAUCAAAUAUAUCGAUCCUGACACGGAAGACACAUAUCUCGAUAUAGUCAGUAGAGAAGGCCUAACGGAGUUCGUGGAGUUCCUAUUAUCCAAUAAAGCAGAAAUCAACAGAGUGAACGAGAGGCGCAAUUGUGCUCCCAUUCAUUUUGCUACUGAAGGCGGACACAAAAGUACAUUGGCAAUUCUGUUAGCGCAAAAUACAAUAGAUGUAGAUCUGGAGACGGAACAACGGACUGCUUUGCAUAUAGCGGUGAAAAAUAACGACCUGAUAUGUGUCCGUCAGUUGCUGGAUAAGGGCGCUAGUAUCAAUAUUCUCAAUAAUAAAAACCUAACAGCUCUUCACCUGGCAGCAAUGAAGAAGCAACAAAACAUAGUGAAGAUGAUGCUGGAUAAGUAUGCACCUUACCUGGAAGUGGACAGAUAUAAAGAUUACAAUGGCCAGACAACGCGAGAGGUAAUCAAGCAGAAGUUGCCGAAAUUGUCAGAAAAGUUGCCAAAGGAAGUCUUUAAAAGUGAAAACAAGAAAAUAAACACAGAAGACCUCAAAUACUAUCUAAACAAAGAAGACGAGACAAACUUUUUAAAAUGUAUAAAGAACAUUCAGGAGGAUAUUUUUCCUAGUACGGCCGAGAAUCUGCUAACAAUAUGCGCACAAUGUAAUUUUCAACAAGCUACGAUAGCAAUUCUAAAGAAAUUUGAAGGAAGUAGCCUCAAUUUAAGGAAACCUGCACGUGCAGCUAUUCAAAGUGGUCAUCAUAUUAUUCUUACGGAAUUGCUGAAAGUAGAACCCCAGCUGGUCAAUAAUUUGAGAAUUGAAAAUGAGACACUUCUGAAUGUCUGUCGGGAGUUGGGAAUGCCGAAAAAAAAAGGAAACGACAAUCUGCUGAAGUGUCUGGAAUUGAUUCUAGAACAGAAUAACGUGAAUGUCAAUUGCUCUGACGAAAAAGGUAAUACACCGUUGCAUUAUGCGGCUAGAGCAGAUAAUCGCAAAGCAAUGAGUUUGCUUCUCAAACACGGAAGUUACAUUGGUCAUAUGAAUAAAUUCAACGUGCCACCUAUUGUAGACAUUCCGGUGACCACAUUGUUAGACCACUUUGAUAACUGUUUGAAGAUGAUAAAGAAUCAGACAGACAAAUACAUAAUUGAGUUCGAUUAUUGUUGCUUGAUGUCAUACAACAGUUUUACAAAAUACAAUGAACAGGAUACAACUCGGGCAACUCGCGAAAUGGAGGUAUUUCUAUAUCUUGCGCGUAACAAAAAUCUCAAACAUCUGCUGAAACAUCCAUUGCUCUCAUCUUUUCUUUAUCUGAAAUGGUUUAAAAUACGAAACGUCUUAUAUGCAAAUUUUGUCUUCUACGGAAUUUUCUACUCUAUACUGAAUGCCUAUAUCUUGAAUGAAUAUUCGUGUCUAACGGUCUUCGUUAUUGUGUUAUGGUGCGUCUUUGCCAUUCGGGAGAUUUUUCAAUUUGUCUGCUGUCCUUACCGUUACGCGAUAGAUUGGGAGAAUUGGUUACAACUUAUGCUAGUUGUAUUAAUCCUUAUUUUUUUGUGUGGUGCAGGAUUAUGGAGUAGCGUCAUGGUAAUCAUAUUGUCUGCAUUGGAGCUGAUAGUUCUGAUCAGUCACCAUCCGAAAAUGUCUACCAGUUUUGAGAUGUUCCGAAAAGUUUCUCUCAAGUAUGUGUGUUUACUUUUCCCGUAUACAUUCCUUAUUAUUGCGUUUGCCUUGGCUUUCUAUAUGCUCUUUAAGAAUAGCAUGAAUUUCUCCGGUUUCGGUCACUCAUUCUUCAAAACUUUCAUCAUGAUCACAGGUGAAUUCAACUCCAACGAUAUUCCAUUCGAGUCAUAUCCCAUUUGCAGUCAUAUUGUGUUUGUACUAUUCGUCUUCCUCAUCGCCAUUGUACUGUACAAUCUACUUAACGGUUUAGCAGUAAGUGACACCAAUAAAAUUCUGUCUAAAGCUGAAUUGUUUGGGCUCAUCUCUCGAAUACGCCUGCUUAUUUAUCUUGAAGAUAUAGUAUUCGGUGAACCGUUCAAUUGGUUCAAUUCCGGAAAUUCACGAUUUUUACAGUGGAAGCCUUUCAGUUUUCUCACCCGCAGAAUUCUUCUGUCUCCGCAUUAUUUGAAAAAUGGUAAAAUCACUGUUACAUACGAUAAUCUAGACGUUUACAACAACAAGUAUUACGUUUACAGCAAUUCAUUGAAUCGUGGCGAAUAUUGGCCUCACUUGGAAAUGGACCCAGAAAUAUUCAAACAAGCCAAACAUAUUAUUUCUGAUAAAAAUCAAAUGGCAGAUAUAGAAAAGAUAAUGAUCGCUUUGAAUAAGCAGGAAGAAAAAUUAAUCGCGAUAGAGAUCGCUUUAGAAAAACUUUUGAAAAACUUUUUAUAAUAGAAAAGAAAAUGAUAUUAUGGUCUUUCAUUCAUAUUUUAUUUAA